AUGGCCGCUUUCUUCUGCAGAAAAUUGCGCCCAUCACGCGGAAUUAUUGGCAGCUCAUGGCGGCGCAUUAUCCAACUCCAAAGAGUUCCUUUUGCACCGCCCAUUGAAAAAUUCUUCUCGUCAGAUAGACUCGCGUCGAAAGACGAAGAGCAAGAGCUUGUCAUUGCUGCCGCCUCAUCCGAGAAAGUAGCCGGGAACGCGGAGCUUGUCAAAACCAUUCUGACGGACUAUGGAUUCACCGAUGCCCGGAUCUCCAAAAUCGCCGCCUCGCGCCCCUGUAUUCUCUCUUUCAAUCCGGACAAGACCUUCAUUCCCAAACUCGAGUUCUUCCGCUCCAUAGGGCUGUCGAGCAAGGACCUCCCCAGAAUCAUCUGUGCGUGCAACGGCCUCUUGUUCCGGAGCCUGGACAAGCAGCUUAUCUCUUGCUAUAAUUUCCUGAAGAGCGUGCUUCUUCUCGACGAAAACGUCGUCGAGAUGCUCAAGCGCGACGCCAGGAUUCCUGCGCAAGACGUUGACAAGAGGAUUGCCCCAAAUAUAGCCGCGCUGAGAGAAGCGGGCGGGCCCCAAUCCGUCAUCUUCUUCAUGUUGCUUUAUGCCCCCAACGCGGUGCAUCGGGAUGGACAGAAGUUCAAAGAAAGCGUUAAUAAAGCCGUGCAAAUGGGAUUCAACCCGUCGAAAUCGACAUUCGCGAAUGCCGUCCAAGUGCUCUGUGAAAUGCCCGAGUCAACUUGGGAUCAUAAAAUGGAGGUUUACCAGCGCUACGGCUUGUCCAGAGAUGAAGUUCUGUUGGCAUUCAGGUCACACCCGCUCUGUAUGUACUUAUCCGAGGAGAAACUUACGCGAGCAAUGGACUUUCUUGUUAAGGAGAUGGGUUGGAAGCCAGCCGCCGUUGCCCGGUGCCCUGUUGUCAUCUUCUUUAAAUUGGAGAAGAGGAUCAUGCCACGAUGCGCAGUUAUUAAAGUUCUACGGGAACGUGGCUUGGUAAAGAAAGAUAUAUGCUUGAGUACUAUUUUAGUGUGCGGUGAGAAAUCAUUCUUGGGUUUGUAUGUGAGGAGAUAUAAAAAUGAUGUUCCAGGUCUGAUGGGUGUUUGCAUGGGAAAGGGGAGAACUUCUCAGGUCAAGAUUUGAGUCAAUGAAAUGAAAUCAGCUGAAUUAAUGGUUUUUGCAUUGAAAUUGUUUGUAAGUUUGUUCUUCAUGUGAUGUGAUGUUGUUAACCAUCAAAUUUAGUUUAGCUGCGCUUGAAAUGUUUUGGAAGUGGAAAUACCUUUUUAGUAUCAUGUAUUGUAUGGUGCGUUGUUUAUCCUAUUCUGCUUUGUCUCGUCAGUUUGCAAGACGCAAGAUUUCCCCCAGAUGCAGUGCUUCGAGGCGCCUUCGUGAGUGAACAAAGGGGAAGGGAUAGACGUCGGCUGGCACGCUGCAGGCUGCAGCUGUCCAAAUAAUCUCUUCUUUCACUCACUCGUGUCAAACGUGUUGUACUGUUCAAAUUGGACUUCUCCACCCACGCAUGUAGUAGUAAUCUCUUAAGAGUUUCCUCUACAUACGUAU